GAACGCGUCGUGUUGUUGACCACAAUACUACGACAGUUUAUAACAAACACCCCGACUUCUACCGCGUGCUUCUGUUACUAUGACCAUUUCAGUCGAUCAUCACUCACACUAUCGGAAUGAUCAUGAGUUUAGUUCUAUGCGUGCCCAAAAUACACCCCGUCAGUAAGUGACCUGAUGCUUUCUGGGUGUUACCAUGACGUCUUUGAGUUAUUAACUCAACCGAACGAUGUGCAGUGGAAUGCCCAGUGGAGAAGAGUUGCCUUAAGAACGCAGUCAUGUUCGAUUGCGGUUUCAUGUAUUUCUAGAAUAUACAUAUCCGUGCUCGAGGGUCUGGACCCCCUCGAAGAGGAUGACCCGUACCGGCCGGUGACGGAAGCCGAGGCAGAGGCGCUCCAAGCGCAUCUCACUCAAACAUUGAACAGUCUCAAGGAACACAUUGACGCAACGGAAGCCAGAAAGAACCAAUUUAUGGAACAGCGGGAGCAGGCGCGCGCGUCCGUGCAGGAAAUGCGCCGGCGCCUCGACCGAAUGCUGGACGAUUUGGAACGGCGAACAGUUGCGGAGCUAGAAAUGAAGCGCGACAACAUGCAUAACGUUCUAGCUGAAGAGUCGAUGACAAUAGACCAGCAGGCGGAGAAACUUCGGAAUCUGGUCGAUAAGUAUGAUGGUGGUAACAGCGUCAGCGACCCAGACACGGCGACAAAGGAGUUCACUGAUGCUGAAAAGGAAACUAAUGAGUUGUUGGAGCGAUUGCAGGGUCGGCCAAUGGAACAGUUGGCGUUCGUACCGGAUACGGGGAUACUUGAUACGCUGCGCUCCUUCGAAAGAUUGAUGACUGCACGCGUUACUAGGCCCGGGCCUGACGGCGAACCAGUGGAGGUGGACCCAGAAGAACUGUUGAGAGAGCUAAGUAAUGACGUCACUGAGACUCAAGAGGAAUUGUCGGAAGAUGGACACGCGAUUGAGGGUGACAAAAACUGAGAUGUAUAAUCUGAAUACAUGAGUUUAUUAAUUUGAACAAUUCUUUGCAAAACAUGUGAUGCCACGUGUUUUCUCUGCUUCAUGUAAUUGACAAGGAUUAUUGUUGCCUUUCAAAAAAUUCUUACAAGGUUUAUCCAAUAAAUAUAACUAGGCAAUUUCGACAUGCUAAACAAAAUGCGUGUUUUCUCAGCAAUAAAUUAAGCAUUGCCUAAUCAGUUCUUUGGAAAAUAAUGAUACAUUUAUGUAUCAAUUGCGAUUUAUUUGAACUAGUUUUACAUUCCGAAUGAAAAAGUGUGAUACUUAAAACUAACAAAUCGGUUAGGUCAUGAACUUUUGAUGGUUUCUUAGAACACAUUUUAGUUAUAACUAUAGUCUUAAAACUUAUUUUAAAUGAACGGCAGCUGUGAAUAUUUCAGACACUUACCUUCAUUAAGAAAACGGGGCAUACGUUUAUACCUUUGUCUACGAAAAAAUAAUUAAACUUUAAACGGGCCUUUGAAAAACAUGUGAUAUUUUACGUAUAUUUCAACUAAAUGCGUAAUUAAACAAUUCAAAAUAUUCCUUUUAAAGAGAUUCUGUACUUCUAAUGUGUGUAGCCUAGUGAUUAAAAUUAUUUCAUCUU